AUGGACAACUGCCGUCGAACCACCGCCCCUUUCAAGCCAUGGAAGAAAGGUCCCACCAGAGGCAAAGGCGGUCCGCAGAAUGCCGCUUGUGAGUUCCGUGGCGUUCGCCAAAGAACCUGGGGCAAAUGGGUGGCCGAGAUCAGAGAACCCAAGAAACGAACACGACUAUGGCUAGGUUCGUUCGCCACCGCCGAAGAAGCCGCGAUGGCUUACGACGAAGCCGCGAGGAGACUCUACGGUCCCGAUGCUUACCUCAACUUACCUCAUCUUCGAUCCAAUUUCAAUCCUCUUAACAAAUCUCACAAAUUCAAAUGGUUUCCUGCCAAUAAGCUUGCGUCCAUGUUUCCAGCCACUGGUUUGCUCAAUCUUAACGCCCAACCAAGUGUUCAUGUCAUCCAUCAAAGACUCCAAGAACUCAAGAAAACUCAGCCAUCUUCAUCUUCUUCAUCCAGCUCCAACAAUUCUUCCAUUUUUGAUCAGAUCAAUCAUGAUCAAGUUCAAGUGAAUAGUGAGAAAACCCAUGUUAAAGAAUGCAUAGAAAAGCCUCAGAUCGAUCUCAACGAGUUCCUUCAGCAACUGGGAGUGCUGAAAAAAGAUGACCAGAAAGAUAAAACCAGCUUUGAUCAUGAAGCGGUUAUUGAAGAAUCGGGUUUGGGAGAAGAAGAUUUCAACUGGGACGUGCUAAGUGAGCUUCAUGGAUCUGAUCAAGAUCAUGGUUAUCAGAUUUACGAUGAUCAUGAUCAAGAACUGGUUUUGCCCACCACCAUAUGGAACUUCUGA